CUUUUAGCUACGUAGUUAGCCUAAUUAAAGUUAUUCAUCAGCUAGCUUGGAAAGUCUGUCUCGAUGACAGUUCGCUGUUAAGGAUGAACAGAGGUGUUUUCAUAUUGUCGGUGUUUGGAGUUGUUCUGUCAGGUACCAGAGUACAUGCAGAGGACACGCCGCCCCGUAUCGUCCACCACCCCUCUGACGUGGUGGUGAAAGUUGGGAAUCCCACCUCGCUCUCCUGCCGGGCGGAUGGCAGCCCAAAGCCGACAAUCGAGUGGCUGCACAACGGGCAACCACUGGAAGCAGCAAAUGGUGACGGGCAGUGGCAGACCAUGGUUUUGUCAGAGGGCAGCCUCUUCUUCUUGAGCGUUGAAGGGGGCAGGCGAGGUCAGUCACAUGAGGGUAUCUACACCUGUGUGGCCAGGAACAGUGCAGGGAAGGCAACCAGUCGUAAUGCAUCGCUGUAUAUCGCAGUGUUGCAGGACGAGUUCAGCGUGCAGCCGAGUGAUGUGGAGGUGGGAGAGGGGGAGGUGGCUUUCUUAAACUGUGGCCCCCCAGUGGGACACCCCGAACCUAACAUCAUCUGGAAGAAAGAUGGCCUGCCCAUCAACAGCAGCGACCACCACUACACUGAGCUGAGUGGAAAGCUUAUCAUCGCUCCUGCAGAGAAGAACCACUCUGGUGCUUAUGUGUGUGUGGCCAGUAACACUGUGGGGGUGAGAGAGAGCAGAGCGGCUCGGCUGUCUGUGCUGGCCAAGCCUCUUCUGGUGCUGAAGCCAGAAAAUGUGUCGGUGAGAAUGGGGGAGUCUGCCCAGUUCUACUGCCAAGCUAAAGGUGACCCUCCACCUUCUGUGGUCUGGAGCAGAGAGCAAGGGCCACUGCCCAACGGCAGGUAUCUUGUAAACCCAGACCAGACUCUCCAGAUCCACUAUGUGACAGCCCAGGAUGCUGGGAAGUACACCUGCACUGCUGUCAAUGAUGUAGGUGUGGUCACUGCCAGUGCACAACUACUAGUUGAAGAGGCCGUCAGCACUACCCAGAAAGACCUUCACAAAGAGCUGUCAGCCCUGCGAGUGGCUCUGGAAAAUGUCACCAUCACAGCCCCAGGGUCCAACAUAUCCCAUGUACAAUGGAAGCUCCAGUUCCUCCCAUCCCAGCCACAUUACCUUGAUGGCUUUGAGGUUCUCUAUCGCUCCCUGCUGCCUGCCAGCUCGGAUUGGGUAGCAAAAAAGGUGACACUGCCCAGCUUCCAGACUCAGGUGGGCCCUUUAAAGAGAGGCUACAAGUAUGAGUUCAAAGUCCGUCCCUACGGCAGCAGCUUGUAUGGAAGGGAGAGCAACACCCGGCAUCUCAGAGUUCCAGAGACAGUUCCCAGUGCCUCUCCAUUGGCUGUGUCCAUAACAGUGAGCCAUGAUCUUAAUAACACCGUCCACAUGAGCUGGGAGCCUCCUCCUCAUGAAACCCACAAUGGUAUCAUCCAGGGUUACCAGGUCUGGUGUGUGGAGUCUGAGGAGCAGCAGUACCAGAACUGGACGGUGGAUAGUGGCCAACACAGCCUCGAUAUCUCUACUCUCAAACCAGGAAAACGAUACUGGCUCACCAUAGCUGCUGUCAACGGGGCUGGAGUAGGAAUGCUGAGUGACCCACAUGGAUUUGUCAUCAACCCACAGGUGGGUGGUCUCCCUGAGUCAGACAGCCAGAGACGAGAUCUGUCCCAGUUCUUGGCCCUGCUUCAGGACCCAGUUUUGAUCGGCAGCAUUGGCGCCCUCCUUUGGUGUGUUCUGAUGGUUGCAGCUGUCUGCCUCUUCAGACGCCACAGCAGGACAGGCCACCUGAUACCAGGACAUGGCAAGGCGAAAGGUUUGCGCAGACUGGCCAGUGAAGAUCUCAUUAUUAAGCACAGGAUGGCAGCUCCAGACUCCCCUUGGAUCUCUGGAGGCUGGAGACCUGCUUUCAGCCAGAAGUAUCAGGAUUUGUGGGCCCAAGGUCAGAAACAUCCAGGGAUCAGGAGCACCAGCCUCCCAGUCUCAUCCAAGAAGGACCCCAGCUGUUUGGACUCAGCUGUCCCCAUUGUGACCGACAGCUGCGGCGUCUAUGGCACUUUUUAUGUGGACCUGAUGGGUAAUGGCCUCAAGACCUUUAACAGUCCUAGGCAUCGCCCUAAAAUGCCUCAUGGUCCACCACAUCAGCAAGGAGCUGAGACCAUCCAGAUUUUCACUCAGCCUGUCGCAAAGUCCUCACCCUACGGGAGCCAUGAGAUGCUGCCAUGGAAACAGGCCAUACGCCCCCAACCCAAGAUGGGUGUGCUGAGGGAGUCAUGGGAAAAAAACCACAGUAAACAAGAGUUGCAUGCAGUGAACAGCGUCCCCAUAGUGCCAACCAGAAACCAUGCUUGUCCAUCCAGUGUCUACAAACAGAGACUCAGUCACAUACCAUCAGGCCGACAUGGUGGACAUCCAGAGUGUGGGAAAGUUGCUGGCUGUCCUCGCUUGCUGCAUUACUCUGCGUCAGUGCACCUAGUGGACAUGCUGCCCCCACCUCCACCGAUGCCAAUAGACAACACCACAGACACACACAGCCUGACCUCAGAUGAAGGCUCCAGUCGUUCCACAAGGCUUACAGUGGACAUGGGCUCUCUCCAGUCGGUGUCUGCUGCAUCAGGCCACCAUGGGCCACCAGGACCCACCAAUAACAACAACAACAACAACAACAACAACAGCUGCCCCUCCUAUAGCCACCUGUCUACUGCAUCAUAUUCCAUGUCACUGGAUGAUGAACAUGAUGGCACACUGACAGCACAGGAAGCCACCCAGUAUCUGGAGCUGAGCCCUAAACCAGAGAGAUUCAGUGUCCUUCCUGAGCAGCGUCCCUCCCUGUCGCUCCCCUUCUCCCCCACCCUGGGCUACAUCUGUGGGCCAGUGCGCUCCACUCAUCUGGAGGAUGACCCUGCCACCGAUGAGCCGGAAGCUCCACCAAUUAGCUUGCGACGCGCCCGCCUGCAGAGCACACCUUCCUCCUGCUACAGCGAAUGGGACAGCUCGCUGUGGAACACCUGGAGCACAGUCACGGACGGCAACAUGGCCAGCACCCGCACCAGCCUCAUCAGCUCAGUGGACAGUUGUUACACUAACGACAGUGCCAACUUUGCCCGCUUGCUGGCUGUGGCAACAGAGAGUAUGAGUGGAGCCUCUUUGUCAGACUUCUCUCCGCCGGCCUCCCCCCUCAGUGCCUUGUAUCCGUCAUUUCGUGCGGAAGGCGACUCGUUCGGGGAGCUGGAGCCCGUUCCUGCGUGGGACUGGAGUAUGGCCUGGGUGGAGGAAAUGGAGGCACAGUAUAGAGCCCACUAUCCUGGCCGAAACACCAAACCCUUUAACACUUAAAGACCUCUGCUAGGAUAACACAGACACACCACAACUGGAUCUGGAGAACCUCAGAAGCACCUCACAGCAGUGCCCGAAGUGCAAGACACGAACAGUAUGCUGCAACAUUUAUUGAUCAUGAAAGUGCAGAUAAAUAUCUGGACUUGAAAUAUAAUUGGAGCUCAUUCCUUGAUGUGUGGGACACCUCUGCUACAUCUCUGCACAUCUGCUGUCUGAAAUACUUUCCCCAGUUUACCUCAGGGCAGUCCAGCUACUAUUUUGCAUCCUUCAAAUAACUUCCAUUGAGUUGCUAAAAGUUUUUUUUUUUCCUUCUCAUUAGAGAAGUGGAUAAUGAGAUGGUUCCCUCAGGAUGCUCUCACCCAGUGUGAUUUGAAAAGGCCAGAAAGACACAAAGACAGGAUGCAGUGAGACAGUGAGAAAGGAGUCAUUAGGCAGAAGAAACAGUGCAGAGUUUUCCUCACAGCACAUGUUUGUUUCUUCUUCUCAUAUGUUUGUUGUAGGAUUUUAUUAUUUCUACCAAACACACUGUAGCAUAGUGAUUUUUGUACAGACUGAUUUACUGAUCACAUGUAAAUAUGCAGCAUAUUCAACAGAUGUUAUUUAAAGAAUUUUAAACACAUUCCAGAUCAUAAACCAUCUUCCUUUUUCCUUUGGGGAUUGAAUUUACAUUCUGGGAUUUCUUUUAUAUUAUAAGAUUAUUUUUGCCUGUCCACUUUUUAAUGUUACACAAUGUUUGAAACAAAACAUGCUGUAGUUCAGAAUAGUAGAAGUAGAAAACGUUAGUUUGUUCACAUGUAUUUGAACUAAUUUAGGGCUUUACCUUUAAAUAACUUGAAUUUUAGUGAGAAUACAAUGUAUAAGUGUUGUAUGCAUAGCUUAGUCUUUGCAUGCUUGCUUUAUAUAUAUAAAUUCACUAAUGGUAUUAGCAUCAAUUUUACAUUUUGUAAGAAAUUGCAUUUUUGUACACAUUAGAUUACAGAUGUGUUUUAUAGUUUUGAAUAAAAUCUUUGUGUUGAUUGAAGGUAAAUUUUACAUUUUGCAAGGGCCUCACAUGUGACAUGUGU